UGGGGCGCUGUGAAUGAACCGCCAGCGACUACCUUUAGUUGCGCCCCGAAUAUACUACUUUUAGAAAGUGUUGUUACAUGAACAACUAAGCAUCUCUGGAAUUGUGUAUGCUACCCUAAAGGAAUACCAUUUGGACCUGUAGAACUGUUGAACAUUUAUCACGAUACAUUUUUCAUCAAUGAGGACACUGGGCAUGGCUGUGUUCAAGCAACAGAAAGUAGAAGAUUUUUAUGAAAUUGGAGAGGAGCUUGGAAGUGGGCAGUUUGCUAUAGUGAAGCGAUGUAAGGAGAAGAGCACUGGUGUGGAGUAUGCUGCCAAGUUCAUCAAGAAGCGACAGAGCAGAGCGAGCAGGCGUGGUGUGCGGCGGGAUGACAUCGAACGGGAGGUGGACAUCCUCCUGCAGCUGCAACACCCUAACAUCAUAUCACUGCACGACGUGUACGAGAACCGCACCGAUGUGGUGCUCGUACUGGAGCUGGUUUCUGGAGGAGAGCUCUUUGACUUCCUGGCCCACAAAGAAUCCCUGAGUGAAGAGGAAGCCACUGAGUUUAUUAAACAGAUUCUUAAUGGAGUCCAGUACCUGCACUCUAAAAGCAUUGCACAUUUUGAUUUGAAGCCUGAGAAUAUUAUGCUGCUAGACAAAAAUGUGCCCAUGCCACGGAUCAAAGUUAUCGACUUUGGUCUGGCCCAUAAAAUCGAAGAUGGCGUUGAAUUCAAAAACAUUUUUGGGACACCAGAGUUUGUGGCUCCAGAGAUAGUCAACUAUGAGCCUCUGGGAUUACCAGCAGACAUGUGGAGCAUUGGAGUCAUCACAUACAUCCUCCUCAGUGGUGCAUCCCCUUUUCUGGGCGAGACCAAACAAGAGACUAUGGCAAACAUUUCCGGCAUGAACUAUGAGUUUGAUGAGGAAUUCUUCGGCAGCACCAGCGAACUGGCUAAGAGUUUUAUCAAACAGCUGCUGACUAAAGACCCAAGAAAGAGACUUAUGAUAGAAGGUGCUCUCAACCACCCAUGGAUAAAGUCCCAUGAGCAUGUGGAAGACACCAACGCUUGCCCAGAAGCCCACACAGGGAGCGAAAUACAUCAGAUGAAGACCAAGCGCUUGAAGGACUACACCAUCCAGUCUCACUGUAGCAUUCCACCUAAUAACACCUACAUCAACUUUGAGCGCUUCACCAGUGUGGUGGAAGACAUCUCCCUCGUGGAGACCAGCCUGGAAGGGGUGGCCGAGAUACGAGAGUCUAUACAAGAGGAUAUCGAAGCUCUUCUCUCCAUCUAUAAUGAGAAGGAAGUGUGGUACAAAGCAGAGAGCGAGAACAUGCAUCACGGCCUUUCGCAGGCCCGCUAUGAGUUGUGUAAGGUCAAGAUAUCAAGGGAGGACCUCCAGGAGGACCUCAGGGCCACAGAAACAAGCCUGGCCAGCAUCAGUGUCCGCUACCUGGAGAGACAGCCCCACCUGGGAUCUCUUCGAGAGGAGCUGGAUGCUGAGCUUCGCUGGCUGCAGGAGGUGGUGGCCUCUGAGAAAGGAGAGCCUAUGAACUCUAAACAAGCUCUGGUACGCAGACAGUCUGUGGUCAACAUAGAGAACUUCAGAAAGCAGUACGCCCGUCGCAGAUGGAAGUUCUCUUUCAGGAUCGUAGCGCUGUGUAAUCAUUUGACCCGCAUGAUGAAGAAACCACAAGACAAGCCCAAGGAGGGUUACGUGGAGCGUACCAUUGCCAUGUUUGAGAGGGACUGUGAAAGUGACCAGGAGGAGGAGGUGCUGAUUAAGAGACCCAGGACCAGGAAGAGGAGCAGCACCUCCUGAAGCAGCUGAGAGUUCCAUCCUGUACAGAGGGCAUUGGGUCUGCACCAGGCUGCAGUGUUAAAACAAACUGAUGUAACACGGCCCUGGUUGUGCCUUUCACAGGUACACACCCUUUAUAGAAAGUGUUGUAUAAGAGAGUCUGAGUCAUCAGUAAUGUACAUAUGACCACACUCAGAAAUCAUGCAGAUGUUUGUCAAGUAACUGUAUCAAGAAAACAUGAUGCACUAAGUGCAUUGUGGCAGAUUUUAAAAUAGUAGCUGAGCAUAAAAUAUUGAUGAACCUAACAUCUGCUUAUAAAGUCUGUGAAUACAAUGGUAAAUGUAAAAUGGAAUGUUCUUAAAAACUUUGCCUUUGCAUAAGUCGGGACUUUCCAAUCUACUGUCUUUAAAAAAGUGCCUGGUGUCUAUGUGCCAUGACAUUUUGAAUUUUGUAAAAUCUAUAUAAACUAGCUAUGAUGGGUUUAGCAAGCAUUUUAAUUGUUGACCUAUGUAGUAUGCUAGUGAUGGUGAAUAUUCUCCUGUUGUAGUUUGUUUUAAAAUGUCACUUCUGUAGUGUUUAUUGUAUGUACUAAACUAAACAAGUGGCAGUCAUUAUUACUGGGUAAUGCACUAUAUAAAGCAGCAGGACAAGGAAACAAAAGAAAAGUUAGCCCAUACUUGUAACUUAAUUUUUUAUUUUAAUAGCUAUAAUGUGUUCAGACUUUUGCUGAAACAGCAAUUCAUUAUUAUAGUGUAUCUAUAAUACUAUAAUUGAUUUCUGUUAUGAAUUUGUCAUCCACAUUUAAAAAAAAACAGGGGAACCAAGUGCUACCUCAUAAUACACUUUGGGAAGCAAAACAAAAGCCAUAAGGAUAUAUUUCUAAAUCUAGUUUUAAUCAUUUAGUCAUACUGAAAACACUGGUCUGGGUCUUAGCCGACCCACCUCCAGCCCCUGCAGGCAGUAACACUGUUCUAGUGGAAUCCUCUUUACAUUUUCAGAUUAUAGGUGUCAUUAUUACUGCCUUAUGAGGCAUAUUAUUAUUGUGACUAAUAAGCAUGUGUUGUUUUGAUGACCUGCCAUUCUGGUGUGCUCUACAGUGUUUUCAGGGAGGAGAUCUGAUAGAAAGGAAAAUAAAAGCCAUGCUCAAUAUCUAGCCAGUCUACCACUGGCUCUUUAUGAGACAAGCAAACUCAUAAGCUGCUUCCUUCAUUCAGUACCUCCCAGUUCCUUUGGAAGAAUGUGAGUGGGUUCAAGGUGUGCAUUAUGACAUUAUAUUUCACAAACAUUCAAUUAAAUAUUAAACAUUGUAAGCAUGUUACCUUGUCUUACACAUACUUAAAUUAUUUGACAGUGAAAUAAUCAGAUUGUACUACAGGUGAGAUUCCACAAAACUUUUGUAAUUAUGUGUAAAUUAUCAGUACAAAAUAUAUUUAUAUCAACUCAAGUAGAGUUGUUUCAUAGAUGUUACUGCAUGCAACAUGUAAAGAAGUAACUAACCAAGUUGUAUGCAAAAAACGUUUUCCCAGUGAAAAUGCCCCUAUUUUGUACAAACAGGAAAAUAAAUAUUGAAUAUAUUUAUUUAUUUUUUUUCUUUAUCUUAUUAACUCAAGUAUUGUUCACUUUAUAAGCAGGGAAGAAGGCACUUUCUAAUAAUGUAUGU